CGCAACCCCCAAACAGAUGGACGUUUAAAUUCGAGUGCCUCGGAACGAUCCAAAUUGCCAGACCCCGGAUUCCUGCUAUCAUCCGCAGACGAAGAAGAAUCUAUUGCCCGAGUUAUUGAUGUGGAACACUCGCGUCGCCUACCCGGCAUGAUGAUUGGCAGUGUGUUCUUGGCCAAACCAAAUAACGUGGUACGCCAUGGAUAUCUCUCUAAGCUCGGUAUACAGCAUUCUGAUAUAGAUAGUAUAUACUCCGCCGGCGAAUAUAGUGAGAACACGAGUAUAUGCAGUCCCAGCCCCAGCCAGCCGCGGUCACCGUACAUUUACGGCAGUGUUUCGGGUAGUUGA